GUUCAUCCUCUUCUUCCAAAUCCGCAGAAGAAGCAGAAAGAUCAGAAGAAAGAAGAAUCUUCAAUUAUAUUCCUCUUCACUCGAUCAGCAUACUGGAUGGACUAGGGCUAGGGUAGCAUCGAAAGAUGCAAAGAGGAGAAGAAAUAAAGAAAAAAGAGGCAAGGCGAGAUGAGGAGGGCGACGACCGGAUAAGUGAUCUCCCACUCCAACUUCGGGCGGCCAUUGUAUGCUUGCUGCCGGUGGAAGAAGCCGUCAGAACCACCGUUCUCUCAAAGUCAUGGACACAUGUUUGGACCCACUUUAAUCACCUCGCCCUCAAUAUGGACCCAGACAAACUCUGCCGCCGCCGCUUGAAUGGUCGUGACACCCAACCUUUCAAAAGCCUCCUAGACUCUCUUGCGCGUCUUAAUGUUGGCAUACGCAGUCUCACUCUCUCUCGGGCACGCGGCACCCUGAUACAACAGCUGGUGGAUGCCGACGAUGAGCACUACUACUCAUCUGAUCAUCAGUGGAGCUUAUUUAGCAAGUUCCUAGAGGUGCUCGACCUGUGGAAUGCCCAAUUAAUGGCACCCAUAAUAGCAUCUGAGCGACCAUUACCUUUUCAACGUUGUACGAAUCUCAGGACGCUCAAGUUGAGUAAAGUCUCACUACAAGUCCAUAGGUUGGAGGCUGAGAUCUUUCCCAAUUGCAACCUUCUAGAGAGCAUGUCCCUGCACUGCUGUGGUUUGCUGGGAUUGAGAUCCUUACGGAGGGAGGUGUUUAGCAUAUCAGCUCCCAUAAAUCUGAAAUCGCUGGGUCUUCAUGGGGUUCGCCUCAAAGGUGCAGAUUUUCUCUCGAUUAAGGCACCUGGUCUUCGUAACCUCGCGCUUAACAACACAUACUUUUACUAUUAUACAAAGGUUAUUGACGAUGUUCCUGAAUUCAGUUUUGCACUUGACGCUCCCGAACUUGUUGCACUCCAAGUCCAUGGCAUCAAAUUCGAUGCACCUCCGUAUCCACAAUAUGAUGGACCCUCCAAAUUUUAUUACUUGACUUGCACUCAUAUCCUCCGUCUCUUCUUCCUUUCAUCAUCUCCGCAGGUUCAACAAAGCACCCAAUUUAGAAGUCUAAGAAGCUUGUCUAGUGAUUUAGAUUUGAAUGAUGCUGGAGAUCGUGCAUUGUUGUUGAGGAUUCUUAAGCUCUCUCCAUCUUUAGAGAGGCUCUACAUUAGCAUCCCUCAUCACAAGAAAAGCAGGACAGAAGUUCCAAAAAGUUCAUUUGCGAGAGUCAAUCUCAAUAUGGCGAUCACGCAUCGGAAAACCCUGAGGAUCUUGGAGAUUACAUCUUUCCAUGCUUGAAAUCAAUCAAAGUGAGAUUGAACACGGAAAAUAUACCAAAAGAUGUACACCAUUUUUUGACAAAUCUGAAGCAAAGGAAUCCAAACUUACAAGUGCAACCACUGAGUCCAAAAGGUAUGUACCUUCAUUGGUGUCAUUCAACCACUGUUUAAUGUUUUGAGUGGGUGCAUUUUAAUACUCCGUAUUUGAACAAAUGGGAAUGCAUUUU